AUGAGUACAUCAACUGGGAACACGCGAUCUCGAAAGAGACCAUUUCCUGAAACCAAUUUGGCCAACGACCGUGAUGUGCAAGCCUACUAUAAGAGCUUCCACGAUGGACAUCCCGUCAUGUUGCCAUUCUCGCUCAUCGGCGGUCCUUUGGCAGGGCACUUCCCAGAACAAGUCAUUAACAUAAUGCGCUACAUCGGAAAGCAUUAUCAAAAGCAACCUCUGCCAGAGAACUUUAUAACCCAAGCAUUGUCAAGCUUAGACUCGUCCUCAGUCUCCAAACCAAGUGGAUUUCAUGUGCAGGGGUUGACCCUUCUUGCCAUCUGUGCCCACGCACACGGUCAACAUGACCAGGCGCUCAGCAUUGUCCAAAAGGCAGUGCAACUAGCUCUCACGCUCGACAUGCACACAGAGGCCUUUGUCAGCUCUAAUACUCAUGGUUCGCAGCAUAUGGAAGAAAUGUGGCGGCGCUUAACGUUCCACAAUCUCCAUGCUAGAUGGCCGAAAACACUCAACUUUGAUGAUGGCUUGCCUUCGUUCGGCUACCGAAUUUUGGCAGUGCAUAUGCUGGGUCGUGUCCUCGCUCAUGGACCGUAUUCUUGCCCAACAGGCAAGGGUCAGAACACCAUUGACGAGAUCGACCGGGCCUUGUCGGAAUUGCGGAAGCAAGAUGUAGUUCAAACGAGCCUGAGAUAUGCCAAGAAUGUCACACAUUUUGAAGAAAUGAUCUUUCAGGGAAAGAUGAUUGCCAACUCUGCAUCCAUUUAUCUCUACCGACCUCGAUCUGCACUCAUAACCGUUCAUUUUGACGAUCCGGCGUUCAUGAGUUUCUUCCCCCGGGGUUUCAUACAGUUCGCCCAAUUGCCCAGCCCCAAAGUCCACUCGGACUUGUUAAAGGACGCAGCCCAGCAACCGCUGCUGGACGCAGCCAAAUCGAUAGCACGUAUGCUGACGAGCGCUGUUGAUAGCAACCGACACAGCCCGUUUCUAGUCAAUGGGACAAUUUUGAGUAUAGCUGUCCUCACGGCUGCACGUUACCACCUAAAGCCAAAGGACCCGAACAGAGAGCUGUACAAAAAUCAAAUCAUGGCUGCAUUGGGGGUGCUGAAAAAGGUGGAGAAUACCUGGCCAUGGACGAAGGGUGUGAGGUCAAACUUGGGCAAGGUCUAUAAGGGGUUGUUUCCAUGA